AUGUCCCUUGAUCCAGUUUUAGCCGCCAGCAAAUCCCAUCCAAAGCCGCCAAACGCCCAGUUUGCGUAUGGAACCGCCGGGUUCAGAACACUGGGCGCGCAAUUGGACUCCACCGUGUUCAGAGUUGGGGUUCUGGCCGCACUAAGAUCUGCCAAACUAGAAGGAAAGACCAUUGGAGUCAUGAUCACCGCCUCGCACAACCCGCCACAGGACAACGGAGUCAAGCUUGUGGACCCGUUGGGUGAGAUGCUGCCCCAGGUGUGGGAACCGUACGCUACACAACUUGCAAAUAGCGAGGAUCUCUUGGCUGAUGUGGAGGACAUCGUGGCCAAGGAAAAUAUUGAUGUGGGAAAAGCAGGUCUCGUGAUCGUUGGAAGAGACACAAGGGAAACGGGACCCGAACUUGUGACCGCUGCUUUGGACGGUAUCAACGUGUUUUCACAGUCCAAAGACUUUGGAGAGCUCACAACUCCUCAGCUGCAUUAUUUGGUCAGAUCCCACAAUGAUCCAGAAUUUGGAGAGCCUACAGAACAGGGAUACAUUGACAAGACUGUCGCAGCUGUUGAGAAAAUCAUGAACCUGUGGAAUAUCACCGAUCCAAUCAAGAUUACAGUCGAUGCUGCCAAUGGUGUGGGUGCACUGAAACUGAAGAAACUCAAGAGCAGCCUGAUCGCCAUCACUGUUAUCAACGAUAAUACAAGAGAUAAGCAAGCACUUAAUGUUGAUUGCGGUGCAGAUUUCGUGAAAACCAACCAGAAACUGCCGGCCAACGUGCAACCUACUCCCGACACUCUAUACUCUUCGUUUGAUGGAGACGCAGACAGAGUGGUGUUCUACUACAUGGAAGGCCAACAGUUCAGACUGCUAGACGGAGAUCGGAUUGCCACCCUGCUCGCAUCAUUGCUCAACACUCUUCUCCAGAAAGUCCAGCUGAAGGUGAAAUUGGGCAUCAUUCAAACUGCAUAUGCUAACGGUAGCUCCACCAAAUACAUCGAGGAACAGUUGAAAGUUCCUGUUGCAUUCACCCCGACCGGCGUGAAACACCUGCAUCACAAGGCCCAAGAGUACGAUAUCGGAGUGUACUUUGAGGCCAACGGUCACGGAACAGUGCUGUUCUCUGACGAGUAUAUUAAAUUACUCAAGACCACCAACACCACCACCGAGGAACAACAAAAAGCGCUGCAGACUCUGCAAUUGCUUGUGGAAGUGAUCAACCAAACAGUUGGAGACUCGAUCUCGGACCUAUUGGCUGUUCUGCUAGCUUUGAAGAUCGAGAACAAAUCGUGCCGGGACUGGGCCGACGAGUACACCGAGCUGCCCAACAAGCUGUUCAAAGUGCUCGUUGCUGACAGAUUUGCAUUCAAAACCGCCAACGCGGAGAGACAACUUGUGGAGCCUGCAGGUCUUCAGGAACAGAUCGACGCGUUGGUGCAGCAGUUUCCGCAAGGCCGGUCGUUUGUGCGUGCUAGCGGGACCGAGAACGCGGUGCGUGUGUACUCUGAAGCUGCUUCCGAGACAGACUGUCUUGAGCUGGGCAACCGGGUUUGCAAGCUGCUGGAGAAAUACUGA